GUGCCAUUCUUAAGUUCAGUGUUGUAGACAAGUCUUCCAGUUGUGCAAAUAGUUUGGAGUAAAUAUCCAUGGUGAUGAUAAUUAAGUUUUUAGUUUGAGUGAGUUCAGAGGAGAAAUAAUUGUUGAAAUGAGAGUAUUGGAGGAUCUCAGCGAACGCGAUACAAACCCAAGGGGAGUUUUGUAUGACAGAAAUUAUGAUAACAACAUUUUAUUUUUCACAAACGAAGAUCGCACUAAUCUGUACUGUUGGAACAUGGACACGUCGAUGGAUGUAAACAAUAUCCAAUUCCUAACUGGAAUUUCGAGUGACAACGGCUUCUACAUAAGUGCUAUAAACACAGAUGGGCUUACAUUUUAUAUCAUGGUAAACAGAUAUAGGGGCUUGACUGAUGAUGUUUAUAACGAAAACCAUAUCAACUUCGCUGAUUAUACAGCUACUAUCGAAGAAAUGUUGAGGAACACAAAGUGCAUCCAGCCGACUAAUAGUACGUAUUUCAUUAACAAUUGGAGGAUUAAAAUUCAAGGAAACGUUGGCUCACCAAAGUACAUGGUGAAAUAUGUAACAGACGAAUACAUUGAGUCUCAAUUGAAGGGAUUAGGGGAAGGGAUCGAAAGAAAAUGAUUCAGAAUUAUGAGUUAAUAAAAUAUAUAUAAUAUAAAAACGGAAA